UCCUCGGGAGCCUGCGGCGUAAUCGUCAUCGUCAUCGUCAUCAUCGCGUACAGACGUUAAAGAAUAUAAUUAUCGUAUAUGACGAUGGAUAUUCCACGAAGCACGAGACAAUUUCUUAUAUUCCCCCUACAAGUAGAUGCCGAACCGGUGACGUUGACUUCCGAGCCAAUUGGCUAUAUGAAAUAUAUAAAUAACAAUAAAAGCAAUCGAUGCGGUAAUUGGUAUCUUAUUGAAGAGAAACUAAGAAUCCGUGACGUCAUACAGAGGCUGUGUAUUCUCGAAGAAGAAGAGGAAGAAGUAGCUAGUAUCGCACAAGUAAAAGAGGGGCUCCUCUCCGGAGUACCUCUAAGGAGCCCCCGAUAAGACGUGACCGAAGGAGAGGGGGCGAUUAGUCACACGUCUUCGCGUAUACCGGCACGCGCAAGCCCCCCGUUAAAGUGGGGCAACGUAACACCCACGUGCGCGUUCGCGGGCAGGAUAAAAAAUCCUUCGGAGAUCAGGGAAUACUCAGUUUUGAGCAAACUAUUAAGCGAGAAACGACAAGGAACGAGAGACAGUCGCCAGUGCUCCUCGACUUACAAGUCCCAACCACCUAACGUAUCGUGCGAUCUCGCCAAGUCCGCUGGAGAGAUCCAGGAAACCGUCGGGGGCUCUCUGCUUGCGCUGGUCAGCGUUGAACUUCGCCGAGCUCCGAUUGGCGAAUAUCAAUACCGGCAAACAUUCGAAUUGUAAAACAGUUUGUCGAAAUAUUUCGAACUUACAUCACAAGAUUCGCAGAAAUUCGACGACCGAUCGAAGCUGGACAUUUGCGAUCAGGCACUGACACGCGUCGUCUCGAUCUUGUCGAGUCUCGCAGGAAACUCGAUUCGAGAGAUUGAAUAACUCUUCGAAGAGAAAUCCCAUUCUUCGUAAAAUCAAACAUUCGAGGAAGCCUCGAUCGAAUCGCAAUCAUUGACUUUGAAUUGUAAUCCCGCAAUUUCAAUAAUUCGAUCGCGAUUGCGCCAACGAUUCGGCAGAAACCGUUCGAAAGUGCUUGAACGCUAGAAGCGCCGGGGUGACGCUGUUAACGGAGAAGAAGCCGCUAAUAAAGCGAUUGCAUCAGCGAUAAAGACUGCCGAAUCGUCUUCUGCAGGGUUCUAAUUUUUCGGGCGAGUCUCAAAUCGACAUAAUGACACUCGGCGUCAAAUUGUGCCUACUUGUUCUUUUCGUUUGUGUUAUCGUCAGCACAUCGGUCGUCGAAGGCCGGAAUCUGAGACGACGACACGGUCAUCAUUUUUAUCCGGAUUAUUAUCAGAAUUUCGAGGAAUCUGUGCCACGCGAUUUGUCGAGACGUCUCGAGGGCGAUCUGGAGUAUCCCUACAGGAUGCCGACGGGGAGGUACGAAUCGUCAGGAGUUGUCGAUCGUCCUGCGGAAUACGAGGAUCGAAUGCUGCCGUUUCGUCAAUACAGACACUUGUACGAUCUGAACAAUUACGACGAGCCCUUCCAGCGAAAGGGUGAAACGUACAGACAGGGACAUCCUGUCAUCCGCGGGAAACGUCACGGACACGACGACGCGGUACAGUAUCAAAAUUUUGUAACCGACCAGGAGAACAGAGAGAGAAGCAGCCAAGACCUGGACGAGUCGCUGAUGACCAGUCCAAGCGUCGAUAUACGCGCGCCCUUCGAGAUGGAGGUGAAGGAGGCGCAGAACAGCUCAAUCUGCAAUUACAGAGUGGAAAAGAUACCCGACAUCCGCGGCACCCGGAUGCCGAAGGAUCUCGAACACAUCAAGUGCAAUAGGGCCGGUAGUAAGUGUCAGCACGUCAAACAGGGCUACUACUGCUGCAUACAGACGUUCAAGUACAUCCAAGUGUCGUACAGCGACAUUGGAGCCAAAGAGAAGAUCAAGCUCUACGUGGGCUGCGUGUGCGCCCUUCAAGACAACAUACACUUGUCGGAAACCAUACGCACUGAUAUCAACGAUUGAUAUUGACGAAGAGGAACGACCGAGGGAGGAUGAUGACUCGCGGCUAUCAAAUGGGACGCGUUCUCGAACAGGAGAGACAUUCCCUUGUCGUCGUUGUCUACUAUCUAGAUAUAUAAUUAAUAUUAUGUAUUUUCCUUUUUUUCCCUCUUUUCGUCUAGGAACUCGUUUGAAUAUCGCUUUUAGUGACGCGCGAGUACCAAGAAUUUAGUAUAUUUAUUCAAUGUUUGACGUUCGAACGAUGAGAGGAAGCGUUACGAGGCGUAAUAGGUAUCGUGUACAGCCUCACCUAGGGUAGGAAUAAGAAAUCGCUGUAACAUGCAUCUGAUAUUUAUAGAUAUUCUCGGCUCUCAUGGUGUUGUUGCCAAACAAUGUGAUAAAACACGUACUCGAUUCACAACGUAAUCGCUCAGGUAGUGUUAAAUCCGGUCGCGCGUGUACGUAUCACGUAUCCGAAUGCAAUUAUCAUCGAGCAUUCAUCACGCGCGUCGUUUAGAUGGAUAAUGAUCGCGAAGUGAAUCACGAAUGUCCAUCGCGAUUGACGCACAUUAUCUAUUUAUUGCAUUGUAUGCACCAUAUCAUUUAUUUAUUUUCGCCGGCAUCUAUUUAUUUAUUCAUCUAU